AUGCAUCAAGAUCCCAACGACACAAUGCAGUCAGACAUACCCCCCACGCAACCCAUUGUGGAAUACGGGACCCCAAAGCAUCCAUCGGAGCCCUCGAUACGCACCCCAGACGCCAUGAAACAGCCGUCUGAGCUCUCUAAACGCACAUCAGAAGCAACAAGAGGCACUCCAGAAGCGACAAAACGCACCUCUGAAGCCAAGAAGCCCACCUCAUCAACGCUGAACGACUCACCCUUCACACCACUAUCGAUGCGAGCCCUCUACUACACCCCAGAUGUAUUAAAAAACGACGCACCCGACGGCAUCCCAGAAGGGGAGAUCAGCGACGCCACCUCACCCGACGCAAACACAAGCAUUAUCCGUCAGAAAGGAACAAACCUUGUCUUCGACUGUGGCUUCCCAACCCCGCAGCCCUCCCCUCAGCAAUACCUACUAAAAGUCAUGACAGCAGCCUUCUGCCACGACGAGAUCCGUCUCGCCGAACUCCUCAACCCCCCAAAGGCCGCGCCGCAGAUCCCGCUCCACAGUCUCUGUGGGACAGUCAUUAGCACGCCACGCGAAGACGACGAGCGGGAAGAAGGCCCGAAGUUCAAAAUCGGCGAUGUAGUCUUCGGUGUGGUGAGCUAUACGCGUGAUGGCGGAGCCGCAGACUAUGCAGUUGCGACUGAGCGCGAGCUAGCGCUAAAACCAGACAACAUCACUGUUGCUGGGGCUGCGGCGCUUGCAUUGCCGGCAUUGACGGCUUGGCAGGCGCUUUUUCGGUAUGCCGGGCUUGAUCCUGACGUGCCUGGCGGGAUGAGCGAGGGUGAUGAUGCGUUUGGGAAUGAGAUGGGGCGGUGGCUUUGGCAGCAACGCCGUGACACCGUGGUCGGCAGCAAGGAUUAUGGCUACGGACACCGGAAAAGCACGGUCGUUGGUGCUGGAGGCGGUGCUGGAGGUGGGAACGGCGGCCUACUAAAUGAUACCACCAGUGGUGAGGGCAACGGAACUGGGAGUGGGCAUUGGGUUUGGCAGUGGAAUCGCCGCGGCAACACACUCAAUAACAAUGCCAGUGGCACAGCCGGUGCCAAUGGUGCUGACAUUGAUAACAUCCCUCCCGCUGCCAGAGCAGUCAAUCCCCCUACCAACCCUAAGAAUGUGCGCCGCGAGAGCCUAAUCAGUCUCGUCAGCGGUAAUCCCAGUGGCAAGAAAACCGUUCCUCGCGCUGCCAGCACAGUUGACCCUAAUCCCAAAAGCACCGUCCGUCGCAACAGUUUGAUAACCCUGAUCAAAGGCACCACCGACGCUCCAUCCACUCGCGGUGCCAGCACAGUCGAUCCUACGGCUAGUGCUGAUACCAAUAGCAAUUCCCGGCGCGCCAGCCUGGUCAAUUUAGUCCGCAGCAGCCCUAGUACUGGACGCCGCAGCAGUCUGAUAGGAAGCAUAAUUGGCAGCACGGAUUCUAACGGCAACGGGAAGCAAAAAUUGCCCAAGAUCCGAGUGCUCGUUACCAACGCCCGCGACAACGACAUCGGCCGCGUCGCGGUGCAGAUCCUACGAGCAGAUUCGCUCUUCCCCACCCCCGUCCGGCCGUGGAUCUGUGUAACCUGCACGCAAGUUGAAGCCGAUAUCAUUGAGAAGGACUGGGAAGUGGACGAGAUAGUCAUCAUCCCGCACCUCCCGUCGUCGGAUGAAUGUAAUAUCGAGAAGGUGUUCCGCGCGCGCCGCUGGCAGCCAGUUGACAUCGUGCUCGACUGUGCCGGCGGCGUAGUAUUCCAGGCUGCUCAUGCUGCUGGUGUCGUGAAGAACUACGGGGCCGUGUUGACUGUUGUGGAUGGGCAGGUGGCGCAGCAGUCUCCGCUUGUUCCUGAGAACGAUGUGCUGGGUGAGAAGAAGCGUGGGAUUAAGAGCCGAUUCGUGCCUGUUAAUCCUGAUGGAUUGGCUAUGGAGCGGAUUGCGGAGCUAGUGGAAGAGAAUCUGGUUUGCGCGAGGGAGAUUACUGCUGUUGAUCUUGCGCGUGCGGCGGAUCUUUUGGCUGCUGGAGCUGCUGGGACGGCAGGGAGUCGACGUGGUGGAAUGGUAGUUGUUAGGGUUAAUAGUGUUGCCAGUACUUAG